CCCUGCGGCCCCGAUCCAGGGUCCGGGGCAGCCCCGGGCAGCCGGCGCGACGUCCCAAAAUCGAACCUCUCUGGCGGCGUUCGGAAGCGGAACUCUACCGGGGCCGCGCCGGCUACAUUGUUUCCUCCCCCCGACUCCCUCCCGCCCCCCUUCCCUCGCCUUUCUUCCCUCCCCGACCCGGGCCGCGAGGCCAUCCCCCUGCCUCUGUCUGGCCGUCCCUCCUUCCCCUCCUUUCGCACCCAGACCUCUUUGUACCGUACCACCCGGGGACCCCUGCGCCCCUCCCCUCCCCCCUGGCCGCAUGGACUGCCCCGCAGGCCGCUGAUGCUGCCUGCAGCGAAGUGGCCCGGACCGCAGUGCCCCGAGAGAGCUCUCAUGUUACCAAGUGACAGGUUGGCCUUCCUGUGACACGGGGACACCAGAUCUUCUGAGAAGAUGUCGGCAAUUCAGGCUGCCUGGCCAUCCGGUACAGAAUGUAUUGCCAAGUACAACUUUCACGGCACUGCUGAGCAGGACCUUCCCUUCUGCAAAGGAGACGUGCUCACCAUUGUGGCUGUCACCAAGGACCCCAACUGGUACAAAGCCAAGAACAAGGUGGGCCGUGAGGGCAUCAUCCCAGCCAACUACGUCCAGAAGCGGGAGGGCGUGAAGGCAGGCACCAAGCUCAGCCUCAUGCCCUGGUUCCAUGGCAAGAUCACGCGGGAGCAGGCAGAGCGGCUCCUGUGCCCACCAGAGACAGGCCUGUUCCUGGUGCGGGAGAGCACCAACUACCCCGGGGACUACACUCUGUGCGUGAGCUGCGACGGCAAGGUGGAGCACUACCGCAUCAUAUACCACGCCAGCAAGCUCAGCAUCGACGAGGAGGUGUACUUCGAGAACCUCAUGCAGCUGGUGGAGCACUACACCUCAGACGCAGAUGGACUCUGUACUCGCCUCAUCAAGCCAAAGGUCAUGGAGGGCACCGUGGCGGCCCAGGAUGAGUUCUUCCGCAGCGGCUGGGCGUUGAACAUGAAGGACCUGAAGCUGCUGCAGACCAUUGGGAAGGGGGAGUUUGGAGACGUGAUGCUAGGCGACUACCGAGGGAACAAAGUCGCCGUCAAGUGCAUUAAGAACGACGCCACUGCCCAGGCCUUCCUGGCUGAAGCCUCGGUCAUGACGCAACUUCGGCAUAGCAACCUGGUACAGCUUCUGGGCGUGAUCGUAGAGGAGAAAGGUGGGCUCUACAUCGUCACCGAGUACAUGGCCAAGGGGAGUCUGGUGGACUACUUGCGGUCUCGGGGUCGGUCGGUGCUGGGCGGAGACUGUCUCCUCAAGUUCUCACUAGAUGUCUGCGAGGCCAUGGAAUACCUGGAGGGCAACAACUUCGUGCACCGGGACCUGGCAGCCCGCAACGUGCUGGUGUCCGAGGACAACGUGGCCAAGGUCAGCGACUUCGGCCUCACCAAGGAGGCUUCCAGCACCCAGGACACGGGCAAGCUGCCAGUCAAGUGGACAGCCCCUGAGGCCCUGAGAGAGAAGAAAUUCUCCACCAAGUCUGACGUGUGGAGUUUCGGGAUCCUCCUCUGGGAAAUCUACUCUUUCGGGCGAGUGCCUUAUCCGAGAAUUCCCCUGAAGGACGUUGUCCCGCGGGUGGAGAAGGGCUACAAGAUGGACGCCCCCGAUGGCUGCCCACCUGCAGUCUACGAGGUCAUGAAGAACUGCUGGCACCUGGACGCCGCCACGCGGCCCUCCUUCCUGCAGCUCCGUGAGCAGCUGGAGCACAUCAAAACCCACGAGCUGCACCUGUGACUGCCUGCCUCCGCCCAGGUCGGGGGCCUGUGGGGACUGAACCCGGAGAGAUUGCGGACCUGGUGCCCCACUCGCUGGGCCCAAACCCGAACUGAGCCCAGCAGGACCAUGGGCCUCUUUUCUCUGUCGCAGCCUGCGCCCCUUCUGGCCCCCGGAGACCCCGCCUAGGCCUGGCACCUUCUCUCAUGGACCCACCUGUGGGGCUUUGGGAAUCCCGCCGAAGGGCCAAGAAGGGAGGAGGCUGAGGAGCCCUACUGGAGUCAGGCUCCCCCUGGCCUCCCGUAUCUCGCCUUCUUAGAGUUUUAUCCCUUUCCUUUUUUGAGAUUUUUUUCCGUGUGUUUAUUUUUUAUUAUUUUUCAAGACAAGGAGAAAGAAAGUACCCAGCAAAUGGGCAUUUUA